AGUUUUUAGGAACGUUAGCAAGUUAGCUGCGGAAUUACCUCGAACAAAUAGUAUUUAAAGUAUGUCCAUCAUGCACGAAGGUGCACAAUCAUUACCAACCAGCAGUAUGCAAAGCUUGGAUGACUGCAAACAACAGAAGGAGCAAAAAGAGCCUAAUAAAAGAAAAAUCCCCAGAGAUGUUGAGCUGGACAUUGAGUACCUGUAUGAGUCUGUGCCACAGCUGUCCAGUGUGUUCCGAAUCACCGACAAGAUUGGAGAAGGUACGUUUAGCUCCGUGUACCUGGGAGAGGCACAGAUGAGAGAUGGUCGGAGAGAGAAGUUUGCACUGAAGCAUCUCAUCCCUACGAGCCACCCGGUGCGGAUUGCGGCGGAGCUUCAGUGUUUAACCGUCGCUGGUGGUAAGGAGAACGUGAUGGGAGUUACAUAUUGCUUUAGAAAGGAGCACCACGUGGUGAUCGUCAUGCCUUAUGUGGAACACCAGGCCUUUGUUGAUAUAGUUGGCACGAUGAGUUUGGAGGAGGUGCGGCACUACGUUUACCAUCUACUCAAAGCCCUAAAGCACAUACACAAGUUCGGCAUCAUCCACCGGGACAUCAAGCCGACCAACUUCCUGUAUAACCGGCGGGAGAAGAAGUACGCACUGGUGGAUUUCGGCCUGGCACAGGGCACCCCCGACACUCGGAUCGAGCUCCUGAAGGUGGUAAAAUCGAAAUCUCAGAAAGGUGGUGGGUCCACAGACCAGUCUGCCCAAGCACUGCGAAAAGAGCCGUUAGUUCCUUUACCACCUAACGGCAGGAGUUGUGCACCUCACCUGUCCACAAAAGCACCGGUUAAAAGGCUGUCUCCACUCUCACGCACAAAACACACCAAGGAGCUAAUGGGACUUUCUAAAACGUCUCGCGUGUUCGGCGAGAGGAACCUCAACAGCGCAAACUCCACUAAGAACCCCACAGAUAAACCUGAGGGACUCGCGGUGAAACCAACGAGGACGGACGACGCGUCGCGCAGGCUCGUGCACGCUAAACGGCGUCCUUUCCCCGUGAAAGCUCUAGCGACGGAGCAGAAAGCCAAAACCGCCGCGGUUAACCCGUCUCUGACCUGCAACUGCUACAUGACCGACCGCAUCUGCAACAUCUGCCUGUCCAGGAAACAGCAAGUGGCUCCGCGAGCAGGAACUCCAGGAUUCAGAGCUCCGGAGGUUCUCACCAAGUGCCCGAACCAAGGAACAGCUAUUGACGUGUGGUCGGCGGGUGUGAUCCUGCUCUCUCUCCUGAGCGGCAGGUACCCGUUUUUCAAGGCCAACGACGACCUCGUGGCCCUAACCCAGAUCAUGACCAUCCGCGGCUCCAGGGAGACGAUACAGGCAGCCAAGAAGUUCGGCAAGGCGGUGGUGUGCAGCUGCGAACUUCCCCGCCUGGACCUGAGGAUCCUGUGCGAGACGCUGAGAGGGGCGCGGCCCCACGAGGACGACUCCCCGCCGGCCGCCUCUCGGGCCUCGCGCCGUCCCGCGGACGCUCAGCCGGAGAGACGGGGCGGCUCGGGGAACGCCGAAACGUCUGCAGAACUGCACGAACUGGGAUGGCACGGCGUUCCUGACGACAUGUACGACCUGUUGGACAGACUGCUGGAUGUGAACCCAGCAACCAGGAUAAGUGCGGAGGUGGCGCUGCAGCAUCCGGCGUUUCAGGACAUCAGUGAUUAGAUUGUAAGAGUAUCAUGUAUAUCUGCAACCGAGUAAAUGACUGGAACAAACCUUUGUAGUUGUACAAUUACUGACUGUAGUCCAUCUGUUUCUCUACACAGGACCCCCACAGAGCAGGUAUUAUUUAGGUGGUGGAUCAUUCUCAGCACUGCAGUGACACGGACAUGGUGGUGGUGUGUUAGUGUGUGUUGUGCUGGUAUGAGUGGAUCAGACACAGCAGCGCUCCUGGAGUUUUUAAACACCGUGUCCACUCACCGUCCACUCUAUUAGACACUCCUACCUAGUCGGUCCACCUUGUAGAUGUAAAGUCAGAGACGAUCGCUCAUCUAUCGCUGCUGUUUGAGUCGCUCAUCUUCUAGACCUUCAUCAGUGGACACAGGACGCUGUUGGCUGGAUGUUUUUGGUUGGUGGACUAUUCUCAAUCCAGCAUGGACAGUGCUGUGUCUGAUCCACUCAUACGAGCACAACACACUA